GUAUAUAAAAUGCAAUAGGACACGACCUGGUGGUAGUACAGAUCGAGAAGAAAGCUACAAGCGAUUAAAGCAAGUGAAAGGAGAAGAGAAGUAUCAAGGAUGAAAGCCAUCGCAGCGCUCUUUGUCGUCCUGGUCGCGGCCAGUCCUCUGAAUGCCAUCAAAAUCAAAGUCCCAGCCACGGGUUCGGGCGACCUUGCCAGGGAUUUACAGCAGUUCGUGGACAUAACCCCGAUCGAUGAAAUACUCGCAGUAUCGAAAGCCUAUCUGGCUCAGGACAAACAAUUCCAAACAGCUAUAAAGUUGCUCAGAAGCAACGAAUCGAAACAAUGGAUACAGGAUGUCGAAAAGGCACCGGAAUACAAAAUGCUGCUGGACUUCAUACAGAAAUGUGGUUUUGAUAUAAAAUUGGUGACAAACAACUUCAACAAAGCCCUUGGUAUCCCACCCUUGGUCUCUACGAUACGAGCUUAUUUGAUCCCUUAUCGCGAUAUCACCGGUGGAAUCGAAGGCUACAUCUACGAUAUCGGUAGACUUCUUUCGAUGGACAAAUUUGCGCAGAUCUACGAAGACAGGAUAGCGAACUCCAAGGCAUUCAGGGAUUUCGUGCACGAAGUGAUCUCCGCCAAAUACUUACCUUUCUACCUAUCCGUUUUCUCGAAUAAGCACUUCCAAAAUUUGGAACAACAGGCCGCAGAAUCUGGCAUCGAUAGAAACUAUUUCCACGUUUUCGCUCCCUUACUACUUGUAACUUCCACUGUAAUUUAAAGUUGAAAGUAUUAGGUUUUAAGAAGUCCAAUUCUAUAAUGCUUAUUGUUUAUUUAUCUCUUAAGGAAUAAAAUAUAAUUAUAUUACAUUGAAA